AUGAACGGCAUACCGCACUCUCAGCUGGCACCUUUGCCAUCUCAACUGCCGUUUCGAAUCGUCUCGCCAACGAUAGGGUCUGGAGCAUAUGCAUGUAUAAAGAAAGCCGCUCCCCUCCAGAAGGAAACGCCCGUCUUUGCCAUCAAGUUCAUCAACAAACUCUUCGCCCAGAAAUAUGGCCGCAUCAAGCAGAAACAGCUCGAGAUGGAAAUCUCGCUGCACAAACACCUCGGCCUCCACAAGAACAUUGUCGAGUUCUUCGACCAUGGCGCUGAUGCUGAUUGGGUGUGGAUAGCCAUGGAACUGGCAGAAGGAGGAGAUCUCUUCGACAAGAUCGAGGCAGAUGCUGGGGUUUCCGAGGAUAUUGCCCACGUCUACUUUACGCAGAUGAUCAGUGCCAUCGGAUACAUGCAUGCGAAAGGGGUGGCUCAUCGGGACAUCAAGCCUGAGAACGUGCUGCUGUCUGCGGAGGGAGACCUCAAAAUAGCUGAUUUCGGCAUGGCCACGCUGUUCGAAUAUGGAGGCAGGAGAAAGCUUGCCACGACUCUCUGCGGAAGUCCGCCAUAUGUUGCUCCCGAGGUCUUGUCGUGUAGCACGCAAUCAGGCACGAAAGGGGUCGGCUAUGCACCAGAUAUGGCAGAUGUGUGGUCGUGUGGUGUCGUCCUGUUUGUGUUGCUGGCGGGAAACACGCCGUGGAGUCGUCCGGUAGAAGGACGAGACGAAUAUGGCCGACCGAACGAGUACAGCGAGUACGUUUCCAGCAACGGACGACCAAAUGACGAGCUCUGGGAUGCGCUUCCUUCCGAGGUAUUGUCGCUUCUUCGAGGAAUGAUGCGGGUCGACGUCAAGUCGAGAUUUUCGCUCGAAGAUGUGCGGCGGCACCCGUGGUUCACCAGACCGAAUAGAUUCCUGGAUCAAAAAGGCAGACUCAAUGAUCCUAUCACCCUAGCUACAAACAUGUUUGAAGCACUACAUGUCAGCUUCGAUGCAGAUCCUCUAGCUGGAACACAGCGGCGCAAGUCGGCCGAUGACAUGGACAUUGAUGGACCUGCGGCCAAGAUGUCGUCAACACAACCUGAGGCUCCGUCCGAGGACAUGCUGUUCGAUUGGAGACGACCGACUGAUACGACCUCGUUCAAUACACAAGCCGCACCCGGGAUGGGCGGGUUCGCAACACAGUCGAUGUCGACCACCAACUUCCUGCUUGACGAACCGGCAACCCAGCAAUUCUCACAGCGCCCCACGGUACCGUUGACCAGAACUCAAAUGGCUCGUAAAUUUGGCGACAUUCUACCUUCGCAUGGAAUGACGAAGUUCUAUUCUGUCUGGGCACUGCAUUUGCUAUUUCCCUACAUCUUGGAGGCUUUGAGCCGGCUUGGAGUGCCGACGGCGAACACGCCUCGACCUACAUCUCGGGACGUGGAAUGCCGAAUUAAGGUCAAGGCACAAGACAGUAGAGGAUGUCCUUUACGUGGUGAGAUUGCGCUUGAGCUCGUCGAUACCGGACUCGUAGAGGUCAAUUUUGUCAAGGCAUCGGGAGAUCCCCUGGAAUGGCGAAGAUUCUUUAAGCGGAUGGCUGUGCUUAGUCAAGACGCGGUGUACAAGCCGGAAGAGUAG